CUCUCUCUCUCUCCUUCUUGCCUCUCCAACCUAACCAUCUUCUUUCCAGUUUCCACAUCUCUUUCUCUCUGUGGGACUAAAUUACAUGAGGAGACUUUGUCCGAAUAUUGAUAGAGAAGAUGGCCUUGAGACAGUUCUUGAGGUCCCUAUACCAGAAGAAAUGUUCACAAGCAUGGGGAGUAGUGUAACAAUACGAUGGGAAAACAUGCAAACAUGGAUGAAAGCUCAAACAAACAACAAAUGGUCAUCAACUCCAAUCAUUGCUGGUCGCUUUAACGAGCUACGUUUCCUGCUUUACCUGGUUGGAUCCCCACUUAUUCCCCUUCAGGUCCAAUUAGGUCACUCUAUCCACCGUCCUGUCAAAGAUUGCUCCAUUUUACAACGGAGGAUGGGGAAUUUGAACUCUAGACGUCUCAGUUGGAAACACCAACAGGAAGCUUCAACAGCGAAAUAUAUAGUGCAACAGUAUACAGCAGCAACGGGAGGGCAACCGGCAUUAAACUCAGUGCAAAGCAUGUGUGUGACCGGGCAUGUGAGGAUUAGAGCCUCGGAUUUUCAGCAAGGAGGAGGGGAGGACGAGUGUGUAGAGUUGAAAACGAGUAGAGAAGAGUUUGGUGGAUUUGUGCUUUGGCAAAAGAAUCCUGACUUGUGGUGCUUAGAGCUUCUUGUACCCGGGUGCAAGGUCAUCUGCGGCAGCAAUGGUAAGGUUUCAUGGCGGCAUUCCUCUAAUCAACAGACACCCAUUUCAAAUGGUCCUCCCAGACCCUUGCGCCGUUUCCUACAGGGUUUAGACCCAAGAGCCACAGCCAACUUAUUUAUGGAUGCAAUGUGCAUUGGAGAAAAAAUCAUAAAUGACGAAGACUGCUUCAUACUAAAGAUAGAUACAGGGGCAGCAAUUCGCGAGGCUCAAAGCAGUCCAAACUAUGAGAUUAUCCACCACACAAUAUGGGGAUACUUCAGCCAACGUUCAGGCCUUUUGAUUCAAUUUGAAGACUCGAGGCUGCUUAGGAUGAAAACUCAAUCUGAAGAGGACGUGUUCUGGGAAACCAGCACUGAAUCAAUCAUGGAGGAUUAUAGGUACGUUGAUGGUGUAAACAUUGCACACAGUGGCAAGACUCACAUCACGAUUUAUAGAUAUGGAGAGCAAUCUGCUAACCACAAGAGGGAGUUGGAAGAGAAAUGGAAAAUUGAUGAGGUUGAUUUCAACAUAUGGGGCUUAACAAUGGAAAGCUUUCUGCCUCCAGCUGAACUAGGAAAAAAUUAA